AGUCGUAGCACAGCGUGUUGAACACUACUCGCUUAACAGUACAUCUGCUGGUGGAGCCGGGAAAAGGUCAUUUCAUUCAUUGUUUUAACUCCGCUAACAAGAAGAACUUGGUGAAGUGAACUGGCUGGAGGGCAGAGAUGGUGUUUCUGACCUUGCCUUGUUGGAUUAGAAGCCGUGGACCCGAUAGAUACUGGAAAGUUCAGGAACUUCUCAAACAUGCACGGCACUUCAGAGGCAGGAAGAACCGCUGCUACAGUCUGGCUGUGCGGGCUGUCAGGAGAGCUUUUGUAUACGCUACUAAAGCUCGGAAGCUCAAGAAACGGAACAUGAGGACGCUCUGGAUCUCUCGUAUCGCUGCAGCAACACGAGAGCACGGCAUGAAGUAUCCUGCUCUGAUGGACAACCUAACAAAGAGCAGCGUUCAGCUCAACCGUCGUGUUAUCAGUGAUCUGGCCAUCACAGAACCUCGGUCAUUCCUCUCGCUUGCGAAACUGGCUCGCGCUCGGCAACAAGAAGGCUUCCGUGCAGCGUUGGGUGACGGCAGCGAGCCUCCUGGUGUCUUCUCCCGUGUUGUCAUGCUGCAGUGAAAGACUUGACUCCAGCAUGGAAUUCCAGUUGCUGUGUGGUUUAAACAACGGCAUUCUUGGAUUGUUGAGAUGUUCAUUAAACAGUAAACCCGGCACACACUCACCUACUUUAUCGCUGUUAUUUCACCAAAGUGUUUUUCACCUAAGAUUUACCUUGAGACCAGUGGUUGGACAGCAUGUUUGAUCAAAAAACCGUUGGCUUGUUGUGAGGAAUUUUACUUUCUGAUGACAAAUUAGCCCAUUUUAUGACAUGUUUCUGAAACUUGUCUUAUGAAGGUUAGCUGCUCCCUGGUCUUUCAUAUAAAGAUACAUUUUCCUUGUUAGUGAAGUUUUAAACAGUUACCACACAGCAACUACAUCCCUGCAGUAACUAGGGAUACAAUAUGUUGCUCAAGGACACUCCAGUAGGACAGAUGAUUACUGUUGCAGUGCCUUGAUCCCUGGCCUUUUGAGGGCAGCUUCUCUGUUCUCUAUGCUACCGUGUACCAAUACCAUUACUGUGUUAUCUACAGGCAACGAGAUCUGACAGGUUUAUAUGAUCUUCCCUAUUAUUAAGGCCCUUGGCAUUUGUCAUUGCCCUCCUGACUGCAAACAGUACUGUUAUUGUGAAUUCCUCCUAUGUUAUUUCAGAAAAUUCUUGAAAUUGGACAUCAUCUUAAUCCACAAUGGCAGCAGAUGUUAUACAGCAUAGCAAAGGUUUAUUCUUCAAUCCUUCAGACGUGUGGUGCUGCAGUGUUACCUGAAAAAUGCUCCUCAGCAGCCCUCCUGAUUACCUCCAGUGUCAUGAUUGAGGAUUAUCAGUUUCCGUAACCCUGUGCACAUGAUAUGCACCCUUAAGUUAUGAUUUGAUGCUGCUGAAUUGUGUUUUCUGGAGAUGGGAGAUUUUUGUCUCUAUGUAAAUAUAAUUUUAUCAUCUCUUGUGAUAAAGUUGUUGUCUAAAUGUUUAGUUCAUUAAACAUUUUGAUAUUUA